AUGUACUCAGCCGGAAAAGCGACGUGGUAUGGCGGAGACGACAAAACCCAAACGAUCUGGGAGGAAUCUACCCAAAUCGUUGAAAGAUUCAUGGAGACGAUUGACGCAAGCGUACAAGCAUCUGGCCACGCGAUACCUACUUUCCCUAAAAGUCACGAUUCAGUAGUCACCACCCUUGCACAUUGGGUCAAGAGCGCGACAGAUCACGAAAUCGAGCAAGGCGAACACAACAAGGAGGGCUGGACGGAAGACGACGCCCUCACGAAUGUCGAAUUGACCGCAGAAAAGAUUGAAGUGUCAGAGGCCACAGGUGAGGUGCUUGUGCACAAUGCAAAGGUGCAUGGCGAUGAAUGGACAGUCAUCGUCGAGGACGAGCUCAUAGAGUUGCCGGUGGAAUGA